CAGUGUAGCUUUAUUUUUCUUUUCUUUUGCAUCUUGGAAUUUUUUAUCAGAGAAGGGAAAGGUGUGUGAUUAAACAAAAGUAUAUUUUUUUAGUAGUUGAAAAUUUAAGGAAAAAAAAAGGCAAUUAGACAAUAAAGAAAGAAGUUUUUUUUUUUUUUUUCUUUUUGGGAGGGCUGUGAAGAGAGCAGAGGAAAAGACAGAAAGUGCAAUGUCAGAGUUGGCCCUGUAGGGUUCCCCCUUCUUUGGUUUGUGGUUUUGGGUUCUUGUUUUCAGACUGAUUGAUGAUUACAGAGGGAUUUCUUCUCAUCCACAUCUCUCUCUCUCUCUCUCUCUCUCUGCCCGAGUUUGAUGAGCUGAGUCUUUUUCUUUAUCCUUUUUUAAUUUGGUUAUAUUUGUGUGGUUCUUGUUGGAUUUUCUUUGUAUCAGCAAUUAAGGUUUUACUCAGAACAUGAAGCUUAAAAGUGGAUAGAGAGUUUUUUUCUAAGAAACAAAAACUGUCUCUUGGGUUGAGGCCAAACCAAAGAAAGAAACCAUCAGAGGUCUAUGAUGAGGAUCAUGAUCCAUGGUCCAUGAUGCAAUCUGCAGAUCAGUCCUAGAAUUGGUUUUGUAAGAGAAGAUGAUGAAAGAUUUGUUAUUCCAACAACGACAGCAACAGCAACAAGCUUUGGAAGAGAAUAUGUCUAAUUUGACUUCUGCAUCUGGUGAAGCCAGUGCUUCUUCAGGCAAUAGAACUGAAGCUGGCACCAACUAUCCUCAACAAUACUUUAGUACUCCACCACCUCGAACUCAGCUUGUUAAGAAAAAGAGAAACCUACCAGGCAACCCAGACCCAGAUGCAGAAGUGAUAGCGUUGUCUCCUAAGACACUCAUGGCAACAAAUAGAUUUGUGUGUGAGAUCUGCAGCAAAGGGUUUCAAAGAGACCAGAACCUUCAGCUUCAUAGAAGAGGGCAUAAUUUGCCAUGGAAGUUAAAGCAAAGAGCAAGUAAAGAGGUGAGGAAGAAGGUAUAUGUGUGUCCUGAACCCAGCUGUGUGCAUCAUGACCCGUCAAGGGCACUUGGGGACUUGACAGGAAUCAAGAAGCACUUCUUCAGGAAGCAUGGUGAGAAGACGUGGAAAUGUGAUAAGUGUUCGAAGAGGUAUGCAGUUCAAUCGGAUUGGAAAGCUCACUCCAAGACUUGUGGCACUAGAGAAUAUAGAUGUGACUGUGGAACCCUCUUCUCAAGGAGGGAUAGCUUCAUCACACACAGAGCCUUCUGUGAUGCUUUAGCAGAGGAGAGUGCGAGAGCAAUCACGGGAGCUAACCCACUUCUUUCCCCGCAUCAACCAAGCCCAUCAUUAUCAACAUCUCACAUUAAUUUACAAGUACCCCAAUUCAAUCCCCAAGACAUCCAACUCCAAGCAUUUUCACUUAAGAAAGAGCAACAAAGUUUCACUACUCUAAGGCCAGAGAUUCCUCCAUGGCUCGCUAGCCAACCAAUGCUAGGGGCUGGCCGGGGUCCAACACAGCCUAUAGACCUUUCCUUCUCAUCAUCAUCAAUCUUCUCCACGAGAUUAGAUCAUCAAGAGUUCACACAAACGCACCAUCAAGAUUUAACACUUAAUGAAAACCCCAACCCUAACCCUAGUCUUGGCUCCACUCUUCCUCCCUACCAUCCAACAACAGUACCUUCCCCACAAUUGUCAGCUACCGCGUUGCUUCAGAAAGCAGCUCAGAUGGGUGCAACCAUGACCUGCAAAGCUGGCUCAUCAUCAGCACCAGCUACUACUGCUACUGCUGCAGCUGUUGCUACGUCCUUGAUGAGACCCCACCAACAAACUCACGUGUCUGCUGAUUCUGCUGGCAAUAACAGUACAACAACAGCUAGUUUUGGCCUCAACUUGUCUUCACGUGAAGAAUUGGCUGUAGGUAGUGGAUUUAUCCAUGGCUUGGCUCCUUUCGGGAACCAUAAACCUGCAGCUGCCAAUGCUGGCUCAGGUGCUCCUCCUUCCCUUCUUCAAGACAUGAUGAAUUCUUUGUCUUCUGCCACUCGAUUUGACGUCACUUCCUUUGAUGAUGCAUUUGGUGGGAUUCUGAACACAAAGAAUAGAGGGAGUUUCAUCAAUGAAUCACUCUCUAAAACAACUACACCAACACCAACCACAAAUGCCACUAGAAAUGAUAAUCAAAGUACCGGUGGUAGUACUCAAGGUGAAGAAUUGACAAGAGAUUUCUUGGGUCUUAGAGCUUUCUCUCAUAGCGAUAUUCUCAAUAUUACUGGACUUAAUAACUGCAUGAACACUUCGCAAGAACAACCGAACCAGUCUCAAAAAACAUGGCAAGGUUAGGUAAUACAGAAAGCCUUUUUUUUUCUCCUCUUUUAAACAUCUUUUCAAACACUAUAUCUUAAAUUUUUAUAUUCUCCCUCUUGUUUUAUUCUGUAUCUUUCUUUUUAUUUGAUUCUCUCCUACCUUUGCUACAAUCUUUCCAAAGGGAAGAACCUCUUAAAACACUGAUAGAUAAUAUCACUUCCUUAUAUGUAUCCCAUGUUACAAAUUUUUGCCUUUUUUUAAAGUUAAUAUUGGUAUAUUCUUCAUGGAUAUAUUUAUGGUUUUAUAUGUAAAACCUAACAUGAAAAAGGAAAACCCUAAGGCUAAUAUUAUAGUUAUAUAAUAAUAAUAGUAUUAAUAUUGAGUGACGUUAAUAUAUAACAAGAGCUCCCAAGAUGAAAGCAACUUCAUGAUGAAUGACAUC